ACUGAGAAUAAUAUUCUAUAUCUUUCUAACUUUAUUCAUACCGUAUUUGCUACAAGAAUAUAUAUCGGCUAUACUCAUUAAUAAAAUUAAACGUUGCAAUUGUAACCACUGUGGCGAUUGAGAAAAUAAAACGUUUUUUUUUUUUAAAUAAUGGAGAUCGUUUAUAUAUUUUUUUUCAUUCUUCUGUUCAAUAUGGCGUGCGUCGCGUCUGAAUUGAGUUUGCGAUUUGUCUUCAUAAUAGAAAACCACGAGCAAGACCUGGUGCGUCAGGUCGGGCGUGGACUGAAGCAGGCUGAGGAGACACACCCUGACAUUCGGAUCACAGACGAGAUAGUUUUAUUAAACAGAGAGGACGACACGGAAAGUUAUAGUAAACUUUGCGCCGCUGUGUCAAGAGGUGUGUCCCUCGUCAUCGACCUGUCAUGGUCUCCGUGGCCGGCGGCCGAUGGCCUGUGCUCUAGCGCCGGCCUGCCGCUGGUCAGGUGUCAGCUCGGAACUCAGAACUUGAUCACAGCUUUGGAUGACUACUUAGAGACGAGAAACGCGACCGACGCGGCAUUUUUGCUGGAGACUGAGAGCGAGGUAGAUAAAACCCUGUACGAGCUCCUAGGGCGCUCCAACAUCCGUGUGUGGGUGCACGCCGGCCUGAGCAGGGACUCCGCCAGGUCGCUGAAGACCAUGAGACCUGAGCCCAGCUUCUACGUCAUCGUCGGAAGCAGUAGCUUCGUUAUGGACACAUAUAGACGGGCAGUGAAAGAGAAACUGGUCCGACGCGAUUACCGCUGGAACCUGGUCUUCACGGACUACACAACCAACGUGGACGUCACUCAGCUCGUUCUGCCGACUGUACUCUUGGCUGUCGACCAAUCAGAGUGCUGCGAGCUGCUGGCGCGGAGGGAGGAGUGUGGCUGUUCGGAGAUACAGAGAUCACAACACAUAUUAGCCGCUCUACUGCAAUACAUAACGGAGACGUACAACAAGCUGGAACACGACCUCCAGCAGCUGCCCGCGAAGCUGCACUGCGGCAGCGCGGCCGGCUCCGAGCUGAACAGCACCAGGGAGCGGCUGUACAGGCAGCUCGCUGACGACAGCGACAUCACUAAUGACACGCUGUUUUAUUGGAACGCCGAUAGAUCGGGUGUGUUCCUCCGCUCCCGUUUCGUCCUUUCCACGUACAGCGCAGAGUCGGGCAGGCGCAGCAUAGCGACCUGGAGAGCGGGCGACCAGUAUCGGCUGCUGCCAGGUGUCGAGCUGGAGUCGCUCAAGCUGUUCUUCAGGAUCGGGACUUCGCCUGCAGUCCCGUGGACGCUGCCAAAGUUGGACCCCGUGACUGGAGAACAGAUGGAAGACGAGGAUGGUCGACCUCUUUACGAGGGGUACUGCGUGGACCUUAUAGCCAAGUUGGCCGAGACAAUGAACUUCGAUUACCAGAUAGUGACUCCAAAAACGGGUGGUUUUGGUAAAAAACUACCAAACGGCUCGUGGGACGGUGUUGUGGGCGAUCUCAUGCGAGGGGAGACAGACAUAGCAGUCGCCGCGCUCACGAUGACUGCCGAAAGAGAAGAAGUUAUUGAUUUUGUGGCGCCAUAUUUCGAACAGACGGGAAUCUUAAUCGCAAUCCGAAAGCCAAUACGUAAAACUUCGCUUUUUAAGUUCAUGACCGUUCUACGUACUGAGGUGUGGCUCAGUAUAGUGGCGGCGUUGCUUCUGACUGGGUUUAUGAUCUGGUUUUUGGACAAGUACUCCCCAUACUCUGCACGGAACAACCCAGACGCUUACCCGUACCCAUGCAGGGAGUUCACCCUGAAGGAGAGCUUCUGGUUUGCGCUGACGUCGUUCACACCGCAGGGCGGGGGUGAAGCACCCAAGGCUCUGUCCGGCCGCACGCUGGUCGCCGCCUACUGGCUCUUCGUGGUGCUCAUGCUGGCCACGUUUACCGCCAAUUUGGCUGCUUUCUUGACGGUCGAAAGGAUGCAAACGCCGGUGUCAUCAUUGGAGCAGUUAGCACGACAGUCGCGGAUUAAUUACACAGUUGUGGAGGGCUCCACCGUGCAUCAGUACUUCAUCAACAUGAAGUUUGCAGAGGACACGCUGUACAGGGUUUGGAAAGAAAUAACAUUAAACGCAACGUCGGACCAAGCGCAAUACAGAGUGUGGGACUAUCCCAUCCGGGAGCAGUAUGGACACAUAUUGCUUGCCAUCAACGCUUCAGGUCCUGUGCCUGAUGCAAAAACUGGAUUUCAUCAAGUGAACGAACAUACCGAUGCUGACUUUGCAUUCAUACAUGACUCGGCUGAAAUAAAAUACGAAGUAAGCAGAAACUGCAAUUUAACAGAAGUGGGGGAGGUGUUCGCUGAGCAGCCGUACGCGAUCGGCGUGCAGCAAGGCUCCCGGCUCCAGGAGGCGCUGUCCCGCGCGCUGCUCGAGCUGCAGAAGGAGAGGUUCCUCGAGCAGCUGACGGCCAAAUAUUGGAAUGAAUCUGCGAGACAGGCGUGUCCAGAUGCAGACGAAUCGGAAGGCAUUACUCUAGAAAGUUUAGGUGGAGUGUUCAUCGCAACACUGUUCGGUCUUGGGCUAGCGAUGAUCACCCUCGCUUGGGAAGUAUUCUACUACAAAAGGAAAGAGAAAAACAAAGUGAAGUCCUUGGAGAAUGUUGAAAAACCCGCGUUUGCCUCUGAAAAGAUACCAGAGAAGAAAAUUGACAAUUUCACUAAAGCUAGAAAGAGAGGGAAGACGGAUAAAGGGAAGAAGAUGAAGAAAGAAUCGAAAGGAGUUACAAUAGGGGACAGUUUUAAGCCAGCAGCUGAUAAAAUUUCAUACAUCAGUGUGUUCCCAAAAGGGGAUUUUAGGCCGUAGAUGUUGGAGCAACAAAAGCGGCUCCGACGCUCAACGGCUGAGGAAGAAAGCGAGAAAACGCUCAAAUAAGAGAGAGAGAGAGAGAGAGAGAGAGAGAGAGAGAGAGACGUGCCCCCAAAAGAAUUUAGUUUGUUUGUAAUGUGGU